AUGAGUUCUGUAGAGGACUACUCACUGAAUCGAAUUCUUGGGCUAAAGGCCGCAAACGACGACUACAGAAUACACUGCGAAGAGCUGGAGAAGCAGCUUGUGGAAGUCCACCACCGUCACGACGAGCUGACCGGCCUGGCGGAGGAGUCGAGGUCAUUCAAAGAUGAGCUGGAUGCACUGAGGAACUGUUCAGAUCGAGUGGUGAUGCUGGAGGCUUCGGUGGAAACAUACAAGCGCAAACUGGAGAACCUGGGAGACCUGAAGAGGCAGAUGAAGCUUCUAGAGGAGAACAACACCAUCUACAUGCAGAACACUGUCAGCCUGAAGGAGGAACUGCGCAAGGCCAACGCUGCCCGGGCACAGUUGGAAACAUACAAGUGCCAGGUCCAAAAGCUUCACAUGAAGUUGUCAGACGAAACGAGGCGAAGGGACGACCAAGACUUUGAAAUGAAAAAGUUGGAGGAGAAAUACGAACUGGUGACAAAGGAGAAAGAGCGGAUCAUCGUGGAGAGAGACUCUCUAAAAGAAAUCCAUGAGGAGCUUCGGUGCACACAAGCGCAGCAACACCAACUCUCCCAAGCGGACUACAUAUUCAUGCUCUUGGCUGCGCUGAAAAAGAAGGAUGAUGACAUGAGGGCCAUGGAGGAGAGGUACAAAAUGUACCUGGAGAAAGCUCGCAAUGUGAUCCGAGCACUGGACCCUAAAUUGAACCCGGCUACCGCUGAAAUCCAGGCUCUGAGGAACCAGGUUGCUGACAGAGAUGAGCAGAUCCUCAACUUGGAGCAUCAGUGCGAGCAGGCCCGACUGCGCGAGUACGAGGAGAAACUGAUAGUCUCCGCUUGGUGCAACAAGAGUCUGAACUUUCAGAAGCUGGCCAUCGAGUCGCGUCUGGGCGGCUGCGCCGGUUCCACGCUAUCCUCUGGCCAGUCCUUCUUGUCCCAGCAGCGGCAAGAGUCUAACGCCCCUCGCCGGGCACUUUCCAUUAGUGUGCCCAGCACCACUGCCAAGUAG